AUGCGACAGUGGCUAUCUCUACUGGCAUUUGUCUGCUCGGCCUGUCCACUGCGAGCUGUGCCAACCUUGCCCGCAGCUUCGUCGAUGCUGCAGAGCUACGACGUGGCCUACAACAUACAUGCGCAGUGUGCGCCCAUCACCCGCUAUUGGCAUGGCACGGUUUUCCAGGUCAACCAUGCCGCGGCUUUCUUGACACUCAGUUUGCCAUCUCCUUCGGCGGAACUUCAAUUGAUGCUCUCUGGAGGCAAUGGUCAGAUCAACCGAGCGCGGGCCGUCGAGCGCAUUCGCGAUAAAGGUGGCAACCGCGUGCUCAUCGAAUUCAUAACGAUUGGCAAUAUCCGAGGCGAGCCGCCGACUGAGCCAGGAUGGACACCAGAGGCAGAUGGCGCAUGUUGUCAUGUUCGAGCCACGUACACUGCUUGGGUAUGGCUCAACAUCGAGAAGAUCGAGCCCGGUAAAGUGACGGUGCAGCAAGUCUGUGACGCCGACCAGUUGCACUGUCCGAUUAUCAAACGCCUAGAAGGCUCCCAGAACUGCUGGAUCUUAAGUCACUCGUUUCCAGAGCCCUGA